CUUUCGCAGAGGGAGCUGACUUCAUUCUCAGCAGCAGUCACUCCUCUCUCUCAUGAUGGACGGUGACAGCGGCUCUCUGGCCCGGGAGAACCCUCCCGGGGUCCGCUACAGCUCCAUGAGCAGCCCGGGCUCCGAGACAGCCACUGCCAACUUUCACAUCAGCCGUGGCAGGUCUUAUCUGGUCGUGGCCAUUCUGUUCCUCAUUAACCUCUUGAACUACAUGGAUCGCUCCAUCAUUGCAGGUGUCUUGGAUGGCAUUCAGGACUACUUUAAAAUAAGCGACUCCUCUGCUGGUCUAUUACAGACAGUCUUCAUCUGCAGCUACAUGAUAUUGGCUCCUUUGUUUGGUUACCUGGGUGAUCGGUACAACAGGAAGGUCCUCAUGUUUGUUGGAAUACUCAUUUGGUGCGGCGUGACACUGGCAGGAUCCUUCGUCACUAAGUCUUAUUUCUGGGUGCUGGUCUUGUGCCGAGCGCUGGUUGGUGUUGGAGAAGCCAGUUACUCCACCAUUGCCCCCACCAUCAUUGCUGACCUCUUUGUGGAUGAUGCAAGGACCUUGAUGAUCUCCAUCUUCUACAUUGCCAUCCCAGUGGGAAGUGGUCUGGGUUAUAUACUUGGAUCUGGUGUCAUGAAACUCUCCGGGGACUGGCACUGGUCAAUGAGGGUGACCCCGUGUGUAGGAGUGGUGGUUCUCAUCUUACUCAUUCUCUUUGUUCCGAACCCUCCGCGAGGAGCCUCCGAACAGCGCACAGACUCACCCGAAUCCAGGACCUCCUGGCUGCAAGAUGUCAAAUACCUGUUCACAAACUGGAGUUUUGUACUGUCGUCCUUUGGCACUGCCGCAGUCACGUUCACAACGGGUGCGCUGGGAUUCUGGGCACCCAUCUUCCUGCUGCGAGCACAGGGCACCAAUGCCAACCCUCAGAACACGGCCAGCAAGUCACAGGACAGUUUAAUAUUUGGAGCCAUAACCUGCGUGACCGGAAUCCUCGGGAUCGGAAUUGGAGCUGCACUUUCAAAGCACUUUAAAAAGAAGAGUUCCAGAGCUGACCCUCUCAUCUGUGCAGCGGGCAUGUUGAGCUCUAGUCCUUGCCUCUACCUUGCCAUUGUACUGGCUAAACAUAGCACUGCAGCAACAUAUGUUUUCAUCGCUCUGGGAGAGACCUUCCUCGCUUUGAAUUGGGCAAUUGUUGCAGACAUUCUCUUGUACAUUAUUAUUCCAAGUCGUCGUUCGUUGGCAGAGGCAGUGCAGAUCACCAUCUGCCAUGUCCUGGGAGAUGCCAGCAGCUCCUACAUCAUUGGCGCUAUCUCCGAUGGUAUCCGGAAAACCCGUCCAGCCUCGAGUUUUUGGAGGUUUGUGAGCUUGGAACAUGCCUUCCUGCUGUGCCCUUUUAUUGCUGUUGUUGGAGGAGCCUUAUUCCUGUGGACGGCAAACCAUCUGGAGGAGGAUCGGCUGAAAGCAUCACAGAUUGCUCAAGAUUCGGAGGAAGUGACCCCCAACCCAAGAAGCUAAGACACUACCAUCAUGCCUGCGGUGAGGUGUGGAGUUGAAUGGAGCCAUUCACUGGAUAAAGCUGGACCGAAGGAGACAAUUCUAAGACUGGUUGGAAUAUCAAGCAAUAAGGUUCUGAAUCGAUAAAAACAAUGGUAGCAAUUGUAUUUUACACAAAAGAAAAGCAGCACUUUCCAUAGGGGUUUUUAGAAAUCCUUUCUCACAUUGUUCCUCACUCUCAUCAUCCUUGCACAUAGAGCAAAUCAAGUAUGUAGCCAAUUUCUUCUGCUUCUGAAAGUUGUUUCCAAUGGUAACAAGGUCUUUGGUGGUAUUUCAGAAAAAAAAGCACUUUGAUCAGAGUACAGUACUAAAGGUUCAGCUGUGGGCAGCACUAACGCACUGUUUACUGCCCCCUUGCCUAGCAAGAGCCCUUUACAAAACCAUUACCUUGACUGAACAUAAGGAAGGAAAGAGAGUCCCACGCAGUCUUCCUCAGGGCACCCCAAAAUCACUUUACAGUUAGUGAUUACUCAGUCGCCAUGUCGUCAUUGUUACUCUAAAGGAUACACAGUGGCCAAUUUGCAGAUGCCAAGAUCCCCAGAAGUGACCAGAAGUCGUUUGUGUUAUUGAUGUUGGUUGAAAGUUAAAAGCUGACCAAGACGCUAGGAAUGACACUUGCCUCUCUGCUCUUGUUCAAACUGGUACCAAGAAACCUUUUACACCCACCUGAGAGGGCAAACGCAGCUUUAAAGCCUCAUCCAGAAUAGAUAGUUCUCUUUGACACGUCACCAGCCAUCCUUAGCUGAGUCCCUGCCAGACCAAAUACCUCAAACCACAUCACCCUGUGCCUCUACCCUCUCUGAGGGUGUGCUCCUGACCCACAGGCACCAUCCACAUUUUCAUAGCUUCCCCAAGUGCCUACUGUUCUUCAUGUCCAGGGACACUUGAUAAAGCAGCCUCGACAUUACCUUUCAUGUCAUAUACAGACACUUUUCAAUAGUGUUCCAUAAUCACAGGAGGCAUGCCCACUUAGGCCCUUAUCCCAUUUGAAUCCAGUUUGCUGUCACUUUAUUAUUCUGAUAAUUAUUUAAAUCGCCAUCUAAUGGCAUUACCACCAUCUUAAGGAACAAUUUUGAGAAUUAUAUCCAGACAAAGGAAGGGGAAAGCCAGGAUUGUACUAAUCAGGAAUGCAGUUUAGAAGCAUUUGUAAAGAUAGGAACAUGAGUAGCACAAUAAGUUCAAACAUGAGUUUGAAGCCAGCUUUCAAUACCAGAUGUGUUGGGAAGUGAGGUUUGUUGAUUCGGGAAUAAUCUUUGUUGAGCAGACAGCAAAAACUUUCAAUUCAUUGUCACUCAACAACAUUUCCUUAUCUGAAGUCAGUCCAGGACAAGGGGCACUGUUUUAAAAUUAGAAGUCAUCCUUUUUGGACAAAGAUUAGAAGAUUAAUUUCUCACUGAGUGUUGUGCAACUUUAGACCUCUGCUUCUAAAGGAACUCAUUAAAGAUUUUUAAGAUAGAUAGCUUUGUGUUAAGCAAGGAAAUCAAAGGUGAGAUGCAUAUCAGAGAAUUCCUACAGUGUGGAAACAGGCCAUUCAGCCCAUUGAGUCCAAUGGACCCUCUGGAAGUGUCCCAUCCAAACCUAUCCCCUCUGCACUAUCCCUAAAACCUUGUAUUUCCCAUGGCUAAUCCACCUAGCCUGUGCACUAUGGGGCAAUUUAGCAAGGCUAAUCCAUACAUCUUUGGACUGUGGGAGAAAACUGGAGUAACCUUGAAAGAAACCCACACGGAAACUGGGAAAACUCCAAACAGAUGGUGGUCCAAACCUAGAACUGAGCCCAGGUCCUUGGAGCUAUGUGGUAGUAGUGCUCACCACUGUACCACCAAGGCAGGAUGGGAAAUUCAAAACACAAAUGACCUUACUGAAUUGAAUGGUCUACUUCUGCUACUACAAGCCCACCGACUCCCAUAGCUACCCAGACUACACCUCCUCCCACCCUACCUUCUGUAAAAAUGCCGCCCCUUAUUCCCAAUUCCUCCGCCUCCGCCACAUCUGUUCCCAAGAUGACCAAUUCCACCUCAGAAAGUCCCAGAUGGCCCCCUUAUUCCAUGAUCACAACUUCCCUUCCUACGUGGUUGACGAUGCCUUCCAGCACAUUUCCUCCACUUCAAGCCCCACCCUUCCCAACACAACAAGGACAGAACCCCCCCGAUCCUCACCUUCCACCCCACCAACCUUCACAUACAUCUCAUCAUCCUCCGCCACUUCCACCAUCUCCAAACGGACCCCACGAUCAGAGAUAUAUUUCCCUCCCCACCCCUAUCAGUGUUCCAAAAAGACCAUUUUCUCUGCAACUCCCUUAUCAGGUCCACACCCCCCACCAGCCUUCACCCAGCCACCGCAGGAAGUGAAAAACCUGCGCCCACAUCACUCCCUUCACCUCUGUCUGAGGCCCCAAAGGAUCCUUCUACAUCCACCAGAAAUUCACCUGCACCUUUCCCAAUGUCAUCUACUGUAUCCAUUGCAUCCGAUGUGGUCUCUUCUACAUUGGGGAGACAUGACGUCUUAUGCGGAUUAUUUCAGAGAACAUCUCUGGGACACCACACCCACCAACCCCACCGACCCGUGGCUGAACACUUCAACUUUCCCUGCCUCUCCGUCAAGGACAUGGAGGUUCUGGGCCUCCUCCAUCACCACACCCUAACCACCCGACACCUGGAGGAGGAACACCUCAUGUUCCGCCUGCAACCACACGGGAUAAAUGUGGAUUUCAACAGCUUGCUCAUUUCCCCUCCUCCAAAAUUAUCCCAAUCCUAACCUCCAAUGCGGCACCGUCCUCCUGACCUGUCCAUCACUCCCCCGCUCUGACCUAUCACCUUCUCCCUCACCUUCAUCCACCAAUCGCUUUCCCAGCUACCUUUCCCCAACCCCACCCCCUCCUUCCAUUUUCUCCCAGCCCCCCAGCCCACAAGCCUCAUUCCUGAUGAAGGGCUAAUGCCCAAAAUAUCGAUUCUCCUGCUCCUCGGAUGCUGCCUGACCUGCUGUGCUUUUCCAGCACCACACUUUCAACUCUGAUCUCCAGCAUCUGCAGUCCUCACUUUCUCCUAUGUCUCCUACCUCACAUGUUUCCAACUAAAUUGGCAACUUCACUGAGUAUCACGGAAUAUCAUAAAAGUUAAAAUGUAUUUGCCAUCUCUAGUUGUGAUAUCACUCGUAGACAAGCACCAGAAAAGAGAAUUAUUGAAACAAAAUAAACACAAAAUUCUUUAUUGUUUCAAUGAGCAUAGAAAGCACCAAAACAAAAAUCCCAAAUAAACUAAUGCUGGAUCAUUGCAAAUGCUUGCAAUUGCCAGAUGAAAUUGUUGCAGGAUUUUGCAGCCCAGAGACAGGCUGUUCUGUCUAACUAGCCUAUACCAGUGAUUCUGUGCCACAUCAGCAUCCUCUCAAUCUGCUCCAUCUCACUCUUUCAACAAAUCAAAUAUGAUAAAUGCUUUGCAGCACUCUAAAUGUUUUGUGAUCUGCUGCAAUGUGUUACGUAAUUCGGAGGAUGCAGGAAAUCACCUCGGAACACCCUGGUGUUUGAAAAUUUUCACUUGUAGUUCAGGAGCAGCGAAGCAAAGUCCUGUGCAGUCACAGGGUACAAUGGCUGUAUAAUAUUUGUAUCAGAAUGUGCACCUUUAUGGGGUGUGUAUAUGAGUUUAUACUUGAGUACUCAAAGAAUUAUUAAGAUAGAUGUUUGAAUUAAUUGUAUCUGUAUGAAAUGUUGGUGUAAAUGUACAUUUUAAUGUACUUACGUUAUAU